GACAUGAAUCUAAAUUCUUGCAGGUUAAUUCUCAAUUUCCAGAGUUCUCCAGCCAUUUGCUGCCAUGGCAGGAAGAAAUAAGCAACACGAUCACGGCAGCGAACCACCGGGGCCGCCGCACCCCGUCGACGCCCCCCGCCGACGACGACGCACUUGGCUGUCCGUGUUUCCCCUGCUCUACCUCAGCGCCAGCGCCGCAGUCUACGGCUACCGGGAGCGCGGCGAACCCUGGAGUUUGGCCUUCGUGCUGUUCUCCUACUCCGACCUUCUGGCUCUCUUCUACUGCCUCGGAAGGUUCGAGCGGGCGGCGGAGGGGGAGGGCACGACGGAGCAGAGGCGGAGGCUGAAGGCGGUGAUAUGGGCGUUGGCGGCGGCGCUCAUGGCGGGGUUCAGCUUCAGGGUGUCGGCGGUCCUGCCGGCGGCUCUGGGGGCUCUCAUCUGGGUGAUGGCCGCCAGUGUGACGGUGGGCGGAUUUUGCGGCCUCUUCUUGUUCGAUCGGCGCGACAACGAGAAGCAGUAGUGAUUGCUAGCUGAUUCGUUGCGUCGAUCGCUUCUCUCUAUUUCUGUUUAAUUGUGUGCAAGAUGGAAUUUUUUUUUUGUUUUUUUGUUACACUGUCGUAGUACUAUAGGUAUCAUAAUAUAGACAUUUGAAUGUUAAUGACCAA